AUGGGGGUGGAAGGUGAGGUGCUGCAACUGGGGCAGCGCAGAACUCCCCCCGACUUCAUGAUGCGUCUUUACAAAUCGAUGACAGAUGAUAGGGGACGGUCUUCGAAUCCAGCUCCCUUCUACGCCGAUUCUGUUAUUGCGUUUCUCGACGAAAGUAAAAAAUGUGAUUCCGUCUUGCCGUACAAGUAUUUUUUUAACAUUACGCAUUUACCCCCAAACACAAUACCCACUCAAGCUGAACUCCACCUAUACCGAGACAUUGGAAGGGAUUUCAAACGUGAUUCAAAUGAUUUUAAAUCUCAAUUUGCCCUUCGAAGAGCCGCGAAACUUUGUUCCUUUAUUUUUCUUAAAUUAUACUUCGUAAAAAUUGAUGCCGAGGGAAAGGAGACGCUGGAAUUGAUUGAAAUUAAGCGAAUUUUUCGGCACUUCUAUGGAUGGAUGGUGUUCAAUGCCAACAAAAUCCUCAAUUACUGGCUUCAGUCAAACCAGAAUAAUAGAGGUCUGGUUUUGAAGGCGACCAACUGCGAUGGAACCCCAAUUAAAGAAAGAGAUGACGUGGAUGUCAUACAGCCCAACAAUCCAAAUGCCAGACGACUUCAACCAAGUCUGAUUGUCUACUGUCGUACCUGGCCACCACGAAAAUCCCGUUCAAAUGCUGUCCAGUCUAAAGACAAUGGCAUUGCAGCUGAAGACGUGGUUCUCAAUGAUCCUUGGCAUUACAAUCGGUUGUACAUGCAAGAUUAUCCCCAAUCCAAACCAACCUCAACACCUCAAUUUCUAAAACGAUCUAAAAGGAAUAACGUUCAUCUUAAAAGGAGCCGACAACGACAAUGCAGGAGACGAAAGAUGAUCAUCGAUUUUUCCAAGCUCAAUAUGACCGAUUGGAUCCUUGCACCGGUGACCAUUGAUGCUGGAGUCUGUGUCGGUACUUGCGCAUUUCCCCUCGGUAAAGAAAGCAACCCCACCAACCACGCGGUGAUUCAAAGUGUAUGGUCGCGGUACCUUCAAUCCAUAGGUUCUGCUGGCCUAACUUCCGUCGAUACCCAGAAAGCACGAGUGUUGACGCCGCCUCCCCUCCCAUGUUGUGUGCCUCAUGAACUGGACGACUUGCCCAUGCUCUUCUUCCAGGCGGACAACCAAGUUGUACUUAAUCACAGACCAGAUAUGAUUGUUCGCUCCUGUGGGUGUAGAUGA